UGCAGGGUCGUGCACUUCUCAAGAACUUGCCAUCUAUUCUAUGUCUGUCAGGUGAAUUCCAUAUCAAGGAGACCAAUCUUGGGCCAACUCCUCUCUCCGUCUCAAUCGCAUUCUUGAGCUCUGUCAAUCAUACUCACAAUCUCACUUGUUGCGGAUUCUGACAUCCUCAUGGCGACAUUGAACCCAGCACUCUCUUCAUAGACCUUGGGUUGGGCAUAGCGGUGCAUCAUGGGCGGAGACGGCGAUGCAGUCGCCGAUGCGAAAAAGAUACACCCAUUCUUCUCAGCCCCAAAGACCAUCACUCCCGAUCCCUCAUGUAGCCCAAGCUCCGACAGGAUAGCCGAGAAGCUCGACACGGGUAGGAGGAAGCGACGCAAGACCGACUCUGAUGCAGAGAUCAAGCAGCCGGCCAAACGGGGUCGUCCGAGAGGAAAGCCAACGGCAAGGAAGGAACAUGUCCCUCCAGCCGAUGCAAACGGAGGCAAUGGGUCAUGUAAUCCCGUUGAGCAAGCCGAAGACGCACAUCCUCUGGCUCAGGCAGCUACACCGGUCCUGGAUUCUAAGCAGGCACCCACACAGAACAACGAUCAGCAAAUACAAGAUGCAAAGCCUAAAAGGAUACUGAAAUUCAACCCAAAAACUGGUACCAUAGGUUCUCCACCAAACCCCAAGACACAGGCCAUAGACGAAGUGGUGGCCAGCAAUAAAACAGCCACCAGGCUGAGAAGAACCAAAAAAACAGCCAAGGCACGGUCCCGCAUCGCCGACAAGAUUGAAGAAAUUCUGAGUGGUAUACGUUAUAUCUCGGCUAGAAGCAAACAUUCAAACGCCUCACAGUCAACGACACAGCAGUCCACCCCACCAGCUUCAAGCCAGGAGACGCCCAAGAAGCGUGCAUCGAGGAAUACGAACACUCCCAAGAAGGCUAAAGUCGCUCAUCCGUUCUUCACAGGCAAGCCAAAGACUGUGCCCGCCGCCGCCGUAGACAUGAAGGACAAAUCAAAGUCACCAGUCAAGCGGCAGUCCAUUUUCACCACGACACCCUGUUCACCGAGGCAAAUUCGUCGGCAACCCAGCAAGUUCAACCUUCCACAAUUUGGCAUGAGAUCAGGCGGUUUCAAAUUUCCCGGCGCUCAGCAUGCAGCAUGGCCGCCAGAAGGAAUGGUGCAUGUCCAUGGUGACGAGCGCGAUGAGAACCCCACAAAACAUCAUGAGACUCCCUGGGCGCUGCGGAAUCAUAGAAAAGCAAAGGGGCGUCAGAUUGAAUUUCCCAGAAACGAAUCAGUCAUGGCCUUAGCCGAACAACAGCUUUGUCUUGAUGAUUUGACAAAUGAGUUGAAAGCUAUCGAUACUGAGGAUUUUCUGCCCACUCCUUCAAUGUUACGGGUUCCUGAUCGCCAAUUCGAGAGUGGGAGACGGCUCCAGGCCAGGGUUGCACCAGAGCUUCGCACUUGGACUCCAAAUGAUGAGACCAAAAUCCACCCUGCCGUCCUCGGUGGCUUCAACUCACUAGCAACGACAUUGCCCGCAUUUGAUCGAUCGACCUGCGAAAGUGCGUCUUGGACACAAAAAUAUAGCCCUGUUCGAGCAGAUCAGGUUCUCCAAGGCGGUAAAGAGGCUGAGCUUCUUCGCGACUGGCUUCAGACCCUGAAAGUUCAAAGUGUCGACACGGGGACAUCAGAUUAUACCAUCAAUCCCAAAUCAGCUCCCAUCAAAAAGAAGAAACGGAAGAAGCUGGACAAUUUCGUUGUUUCAAGUGACGAAGAAGGAAACCUUAUAGAUGAGAUUUCGGAGGAUGAGUCUGCUUGGCUACCCGCUAGCGAACAAAGCACUUCGAAGAAAACUGUCAUGCGAAGUAGAUCUUCCAAAGACGCACGAUUUACCAAUGCCGUCCUCAUCAGUGGUCCUCACGGAUGUGGUAAGUCAGCAACAGUAUACGCCAUCGCCAAAGAACUUGACUUCGAUAUUUUCGAGAUCAGCCCGGGCUCGCGCAGAAAUGGCAAAGACAUCAUCGACAAGAUCGGCGACAUGACUAGAAAUCAUCAGGUAUCGCACAAACAAGAAAUCCUAAGACCUGACGAUGUCAUCAAUGAGGAAGAUGUAGCUCGUGAUAUCCAAUCAGGGAAGCAGGGAAUGAUGACAGCUUUCUUUAAACCCAAGGCAGAGGCAAAGGCUAAAGCUAUCCAGCAACCGCUUGUCAAGGAGCCCGAAAAGACGAUAACUAACAAGCCCUCGAAGAAGUUGUCCAGCAAAUCACAGAAGCAGUCUCUCAUCUUGCUUGAAGAGGUCGAUAUUCUUUACGAGGAGGACAAGCAGUUCUGGACAACCGUCGUCGGGCUUAUGGCGCAGUCCAAGCGACCAUUCAUCAUGACUUGUAACAACGAGAAACUGGUACCCUUUCAGAGCUUGAACUUGCAUGGGAUUUUCCGUUUUAGUCCCGCACCAAAAAACGUCGCUGUCGACCAUCUACUUCUCAUUGCAGCUAACGAAGGUCACGCUUUGAAGCGGGAUGCCGUCGAAUCCCUUUACGAGUCUCGCAAUUAUGACCUCCGAGCUUCCAUCACAGAGCUUAAUUACUGGUGCCAGAUCGGAGUUGGUGAUCCGAAAGGAGGUUUUGGGUGGUUUUAUCCCAGAUGGCCCAAAGGAUCUGAUCUCGAUACGCAAGGAGACAGGAUUCGAGUUGUCAGUUCUGAUACCUACCUAGAAGGUAUGGGCUGGCUUGGUCGAGACGCCAUCAGCAAUUCUACUACAUCUAGUAUUGAUGAAGAGAUCAUUCGACAAGCAUGGGAGAACUGGUCGCUCGAUACUGGAGACUGCGAGUUACCAGCGAGAGAACAAGACCAAACUGAGAUUGCACGUUUCGCACGGCAGUCACGCAAAGAUCGACUUGCUUUACUUGGUGCUACCGACACAUUCUACGAUUCUCUAAGUAUGGCAGACGUUGCUUCUCACGGAGCGUAUUCCUCCCUGGAUCAGAUUCCCCUGGACCCUACACUCCCAGCCUUGACAAGCAAAGUCAAGGAAGACUCAAUCAUUGGCCUGCAGUAUCUUGAAGCGCAAACACUUACACGCUAUGACACCACGAACUUCAAUGUUGCCACAAGUAUUAGAAGCUUGUCUCACUCAAGCAUUUCCCAAACACAUCCUACGCUAUUUGUUGAUCACGGCCCGCUUGACGAUGCCAAAGCCUCACGAAAGAUCCGGAAGAGUUUCACCAGAUCUUCGCCUCUCUCAUAUGCAAUCACAAGGUACGAUUACUGCCUAGCUUUUGAUCCCAUCGCCGCCUCUGAGAAGGCAGUUGUCUAUGCUUCUGGUCAUCUCGAUCCUUCCGUCUUCGAUCGCACCAUGAACAUGAUCACCUUGGACAUCGCUCCUUUCGUGCGAAGCAUCGUGGCCCACGAUCAGCGGCUCCAAGCCGAUCGCCUUCUCCGCAGCAACCUUCUCAGCGAAGGUGGCAAACCCACGAAGCGAAUGCGUUCGACCCGGAGCGCCCUUUCUGCAUUAGAAGGUGGCGCACGAGCCAGUACCCGAAGAGAAAAGUACUUCUCAGCUGACCUCAAUCCUCAUCUGCGCAGGGAGGUGAGUCCUCAAUUCUCGGCUACCAGUGACGAGGGCAUGAGUGUCACGCCAAGUCAAGGAGUUGUGAAUUACGGGGGCGGUUUGAUUGGUGAAUAGCGUUGUACAUAGGCAUCCGCAUACCACAUGGCGUUGGGCUGCAUGGCCCUGGACUGCACGGCACAUGGCUAGAUUUCAGAGCACAUAGUUAUGUUGGUUCAUCAGGACUACGACUCGAAUACACCGCAUUCCAGACAAAGCAUUUUUACAUUUCCCUGCAGAUGUGUAUAACGACCAAUAAGUUUCACUGCUUAAAUCCCUUUAGGAG